ACCACGAUUGGGGUUCUUUCUUGUGCGCACUACAUCCCAUACUGUUUAUCCUAUUCAGGGUUGCAGGGUCACCUGGAGCCUAAUCCAGGGAACUCAGUACACAUGGUAGGAACGCCCUGGACGUGGCGCAAACCCAUUGGACUGGGGGAAGAAACCAGAGUACCCAGAGGAACCAUCCCUCCCUUCAACACUCCACACACACACAGGACAGAGGCAGGAUUCAAACCCCCAAACCCAGAGGGAACAACAGCAAGGCAAUGUUUACUGCCGGAAGUUGGAGAGAUUGGAACCCCGCCCUCAGUGUGCACGAGACCGCAGGAUGGGGUUUGGCUGCUACACAGUAAGGGAGCCGUGAAGGCUCACUCUCUUCUGUACUCUUCAGUGCAGCAGGGUGUGCAGUACAGCUAGGAGAAUGAAGUUUAUUUUAUAAUACUUUUAAAAUAGUCAUUUAAAAAGAUUUGAAGCGUUUAUCUUAUUAGUCUCAUUGCAGGCAAAAAAAACAACAACAAGUAAUCCCUGUCUCACUCAAAGAUAUUUCAGACGUUUUGUUUUGUUUUCUAAGUGAUUAAAGAAUGUCUGAAUUUCUCCAAGCUGCUGAAAUGAACCAGUAACCCACGUAGUCCUCGUGCUUGUUGCGGUAGUAGAUCUGUUCAAUCAUGCAGCAAGAGCAUUUGUUCAAAGUUCUUGUGAUUGGAGACCUCGGAGUUGGGAAAACGUCUAUAAUUAAGCGAUAUGUUCAUCAGAUUUUCUCUCAGCACUACCGCGCAACUAUCGGCGUGGAUUUUGCGCUCAAAGUAUUUAACUGGGACAGUCACACAGUCAUCCGUUUACAGUUAUGGGACAUUGCAGGUCAGGAACGCUACGGCAAUAUGACACGGGUGUACUACCGCGAGGCUGUAGGAGCUCUGAUAGUAUUUGAUGUGACCAGGGCAUCGACGUUUGAUGCGGUACCAAAGUGGAAAGAUGAUCUGGACUCAAAGGUUACUCUGAGCAAUGGCAAAACGGUCCCAGCUGUUUUGCUGGCCAAUAAGUCUGACCAGUCACGGGAAGGCCUGUCCACUCAGAUUCCCAAACUCGACUCAUUUUGUAAAGAAAACGGAUUCGUGGGCUGGUUUGAAACAUCAGCCAAGGAAAACACCAAUAUUGAAGCAGCAAUCAGGUGCCUGGUGGAAAACAUACUGGCCCAUGAGGAGAGUGCUGCCUGUGACUCAGACCCGGAUACAGUGACCCUGUCCGGCAACAACAACACCAAAGAUCGUGGCAAAGCCAGAUGCUCUGCAUGUCCCAAAUAGUGAGACUGAUGGUAAUGAGGAGCAGAAGUCAGAGAGAGAGCAUGAGAAAAGGGCACAGAGUUACUGACUUCACCCUCAAAAAAAGCAAUUAAGAUAAGGCUCUGCAGUAAAGAAAAACUGCUGGUUUAUAUUCCUAUAGCAUUUCAUCUACAGUACAGCCCCAAUAACUGGUGAAGUUUGUGUAUAGCCAAAAGACCGAAAAGGCACUGUGAAGAAAAUUACAGAGCCUCUUUCAGUUUGUGAGCAGCGUAAGAUUGUGCUGGCUGGUGGACCAAUAGAUCAAUGGUUAACCCAUUUAUGCAUUAAUAUUUUACCUCAUCUGUUAAUGUGACCUGUAAUUGACACAGUUGAGUAUUUGAGGGGUCAGGGGUUUGCUCAUGGACUCUCAACAGUGGCAUUUGAUGGUGCUGGGAUUUGAGCUUCAGACCUUCUGAUCAGUAGCUCAGUAAUCCAAAGAAUUUAACUACUGAGCUACCAUUUAGACUACCAUUUAAAAAGAAAUGACAGUAUGAAAAUGACAUGAAUACUUCAAGGGGUUGGGGAAAAUAUUUGCAACCCUCAUUGUGUGGGUACAUGCAAGUUUUCAAGGUAUAGUAAUAAUAAUAAUAAUAAUAAUAAUAAUAAUAAUAAUCUCACCCUGAAUGGGUGAGUCAAUCGCAGGGCUCCAUGCAAACACACAUUUACAACGUGACACCAUGUUUUUGGGAGGUGGAAGGAAACCAGUGAACCCAGAAGAAACCCACAGGGACAUGGAGGGAACAUGUACAACUCAGCACUGAAAGUAACCCAAGCUCAGGAUCAGACUACUACUACUACUACUACUACUACUACUACUACUACUACUACUACUACUACUACUACUACUACUACUACUACUACUACUAAUAAUAAUAAUAAUAAUAAUAAUAAUAAUAUUUUAAGGGGCAUGGUGGCUUAGUGGUUAGCACGUUUGCCUCGCACCUCCAGAGUUGGGGGUUUGAAUCUCGUCUCCGCCCUUUGUGCAUGGAGUUUGCAUGUUCUCCCCAUGCUUCAGGGGUUUCCUCCAGGUACUCUGGUUUCCUCCCCCAGUCCAAAGACAUGUGUUGUACUCUGAUUGCCAUUUCUAAUUUGUCCAUAGUUUGUGAAUGGGUGUGUAUUCGAUAGUGCCCUGUGAUGGGGUUGGCAUCCUGUCCAGGGUGUCUGCUGCCUUGUGCCCUGAGGAUGGAUAAUAAUAAUAUUAAUGAUAAUGUUUUCUUUUUAAUGUGCCUUUUCCAAUCUCAAGUUUGCUUUACAAAAAAUAGAGAAAGAAAGAAAACAAAACACUGCAAUGUACAAGCAAUGGGACAGUAGUCACAGCAGGUUUCAGGAUAAUUCACACUGACACAUAGCAACAUGAAAACAGCAGAAACAAAACCACAAACCAUUAAACAUGUGGAGAGAAAUCAGCAAACUACAAUACAAAGUCCAAUUAGUGACUGCUAAUCCAAAACAAAGGAAUAGCACUUGACAGUGUGUCACAGAGUGCUAGCAAGUUGGUACAGAAUGCAUCACAGUUAUGUACCUUUUGUCAUUUUUGCUUGUUUUUUGUUCAAAACCCCAACUUUGGUUAAUUUUACAGGUAUGAAAUAUGACGAAGGCUGCGAAAGGUAUCAAAUGGUGCUAGGACAGCAGUGGUGCAAACUGG